UCUCGAGAAAAAUCUCUCCUACCCUACGCUCCUCCUCGGCUCCUCGCCCUCUCUUUCUCUCAAGCUGGCUUUAAUUUGAAAUCCUUUUCUGUGUGUACGGGCAUUUGGGUGUCUGUCAAUUAUUUAUUACUCAGUACAUUGUAGUAAUAUUAUUGAGUCCUCUAGUUCGUAUCUUUUCAGAGACGGUCCUGCUACUCCCUGCUCUCAACUUGUUGGGGUUUUGAUUUGAUUUGGGGGUUUGGUUCCUCGUAGGGUUUUUGAUUGAAUCGUAAUCUGGAGGUUGAAGAUUCACAUGUUGUUGGUAGAUUCUCGACGGAAGGUUGGAAUCAAAUAAGAAGAGGGAUAUAGAUAAUUAAUAGUAGGAUGGCAUCCGGCAAUCCAUUCUUUGAUGACAUGCGGAUCAAGCCUGAAGUCAUUGAUCCUCCUCAAAGUGAAGCUAUGAUGGAUGUGGGUGAGAAUGUGAAUGAUCCUGCUCAAACAACUCUAAAACCCAACUUGACGGUAUCUAGCAGUGUUCGUGAGCUGUUGGAAUGCCCUGUGUGUUUAAAUGCAAUGUACCCACCAAUUCAUCAGUGUUCAAAUGGCCACACAUUGUGUUCUGGUUGCAAACCCAGGGUGCACAAUAGGUGCCCCACUUGCAGGCACGAACUUGGUAAUAUCAGAUGUCUUGCACUGGAGAAGGUGGCUGCAUCUCUUGAGCUUCCGUGUAAAUUUCAGAAUUUUGGGUGCAUGGGCAUAUAUCCAUACUAUAGCAAGUUAAAACAUGAAUCUCAAUGUGCUCAUAGACCCUACAACUGCCCCUAUGCUGGAUCAGAAUGCACUGUCGUUGGUGAUAUUCCUUAUCUAGUAGCCCAUUUGAAAGAUGAUCACAAAGUCGACAUGCACAAUGGCAGCACUUUUAACCACCGAUAUGUCAAAACAAAUCCGCAUGAGGUUGAGAACGCCACUUGGAUGCUGACGGUUUUCAGUUGCUUUGGUCAGUACUUUUGCCUGCAUUUUGAAGCCUUCCAACUUGGGAUGGCUCCUGUCUAUAUAGCAUUUUUGCGGUUUAUGGGAGAUGACAAUGAAGCAAAAAAUUACAGCUACAGUCUCGAGGUUGGUGGAAAUGGCAGGAAGAUGAUUUGGCAGGGGGUGCCUCGGAGCAUAAGAGACAGUCACUGUAAGGUUCGUGACAGUUUUGACGGUCUCAUCAUUCAACGAAACAUGGCCCUGUUCUUUUCUGGUGGAGACCGGAAGGAAUUGAAGCUCAGGGUGACUGGUAGGAUUUGGAAAGAACAGUGAUUAGUUCCUUCUCUCUCAACUAUUACAUCCGAUUCAAUCGUAGCUCAGGGCAAGUAGUAGUAUCUAUUUUUAGUUUUUACUGACUUCUUGUCAUGUAUUUUUUCAAGGGUAGAAGGCAAACUCUCUUUGCAUUUCUAUCCAUCGAAUGCAUGAGUAGGAAAUGCAACUCUUAUGCCUCAAUAUAUGAUAAUUAUCUGUAGAGAUCUAGAUGUAGUAUGUUGGAAAGCGAUUUUAUUAUCCCUUCUAUAUCACUUGAAUUGUUAUCUCAUCAGAUGUCUAGUGAAAAAUAUGAAGAAAACAUGGUAACAUCCACUGUUGAGCAUG